GCAUAUUAUAUAAAAUUAUUUACAUCAAGAAAAUGUUACUGGUUUAAAAAGAGCAUGGAAUCAAACUCAACGAACGAAACUCUAAUCAGUUUGGAUGAUAUUGAUUAUCAGCAAUUUUUGGAGAAAGACAUUCCAGCUACAGUCUUUCUAAUACUUCUCUCAAUCAUUGGAAGUGUAGGCAAUAUACAUACGAUCUUAGUAUAUCUUUCUUCGCCGGUAAUGGCAAAACUAGCGGUACGAGUUUUCAUCCUUUGGCUUGCCUUUACAGAUCUUACAGCGUGUUUGUUUUGUAUGCCUUUUGAGAUUUUUGACAUCCGGUACAGCUAUACCUUUUCGUCAGUCGGUGCUUGUAAAUUCUUUCGAUUCUUGAAUCACGUCGUCACUUUGGCUUCCGGUGGACUUCUAACCGCCAUUGCCAUUGAAAGAUUUCGGAUUAACACCAAACAGCUGCAUCGGCAAACGAGAAAACCCGAGACUUGGAUAAAUAUUAUAUCAGGUAUAAUAAUUGGAGUUGCUGUGGUAUUGUCAAUUCCAGCUUUUGUUUUUUAUGGUUUGAAUGAAAAAGAAACUAACAUUUUUGGUUUGACGGGUACAGACUGCACUAUUUUAUCGGAGUAUCAGAAUUUACGUACUGCUGUUUCAUACUCCGGUGUAGUUAUUCUUCUCAGUACUAUUUGCGUCAUUGUAUGUGUGGUUAUAUAUGGGAAAAUAUUAUACAUGAUAUGUACUCAGAUGAAAAAAGAGAAAAAACGAAAAGAAAAACAAAACCACUAUCAUAUAAAUGAGUCCACGUCCGACGUGAAUUCAGUUAAUACACAAGCUAUCUCAACAAUUAAUAAUAGUGAAUUGGAACUGAGAAAUGUCCAAACGGAGGUGACUGGCAAAUCGAAAGAUAAGUCGUCAAAAAAAGGCAGCAAAUACGAGAAAGGGAGACAACUAACUAUAAGCCUUAUAGUAGCAACUACAGUUUCGUAUGCAGGAUAUUUAAUUUAUGUGUUCACAAUAUUGGUAAAAAUUACAAAUCCUAGAUUGUAUGAAAAUAGUAUCCGACCAGCAACUGCGAUCCUUUUACGUGCGUAUUUUAUAAACAAUGCAUCUAAUCCUAUUGUCUUUUGUCUCAUUGACAAAACUUUCCGAAAGGAAUGCUUGAAAUUGUACAAGAAAACGGUAUGUGCAAAGACAUUGUAUCGAAUGCAUCAAUGAUAUAUGUGAUAAUAUGAGUAACAAGAUACUGUAAACACAUUUUGACAAUAUAAUAUAGCCAUGCUGCAUUU